GCCAUUUAUAAAUAUGAAAAAUAACAUUAAUUCUUCAUCUCAACCAUUACAAACAGUAUUACCUAAUGUGGAGUUAUCUAAAGAAAUAUCUAAAAACGAUAAGAAGAAAAAUGAACAAACAGAAAAAUGUGAAUUACAGUUAACAAUAGGUGGUGAUUCUGUAGAAGAUAAAACAUCAAGAGCUAAAAAUAAAAAAGAUAAUAAUAUAGCUGAAAAAGAUAGAAUAAGUAGAAAUGUAAAAAGAAGAUUUUCUGGAUCAGGACAGUCUCAUAAUUCAAGUCCAGGAAUAGUUCGCUGUCCUGCUUUUGAUUUCAGUGAGCAAGAAGAUGAAAUUUCAAUUAUUUCAAGUUCAAAUGUGCCAAAUUCAAAGAAACGAGAGUUGGUGAAUAAAGGAAAAAUGCAGAUGCCAGACUUAAAAGAAAAUUCUGAAACAGAAUCAGCAAAAGGAAGUGCAAAUGGAAGUUUCGAAUUAGAAUCAGGAGAAACUAUCAUUAAUCAGGAAAUAAUAUAUCCUUAUACAGGAAAUGAUUCUUCAUUUCCUAGUCUACCUGAAUCAUUUUUGAAAAGAAUUGGAGCGCACAAAGAUAAUAACAGGUAAGAAUGAAUGUUUGAAUGUUUUUGUUUAAUUUAUAAAAUCUUGCUUAAGUAAUCAGAUUACCAUGGCAUGUACAGUACUGGUGGCAAUAAUAUGUACAGUACAGCACACUUGUUUGUUUUUAUUAUUGCUCUUGCUAAUUAUUGUGCAGAGUUGUUCA